CUAUUCCCCCCACUCACACCAAUUAUGGGACACUAUUCCUCCCACACUGACACUAAUGAAGGGGCACUAUUCCUUCCACUGACACCAAUGAUGGGCACUAUUCCUCCCACUGACACCAAUGAUGAGACACUAUUCCUCCCACUGACACCAAUGAUGGGACACUAUUCCUCCCACUGACAUCAAUGAUGGGGCACUAUUCCUCCCACUGACACCAAUGAUGGGGCACUAUUCCUCCCACUGACAACAGUGAUGGGGUACUAUUCAUCCCACUAUUCCUCCCACUGACACCAGUGAUGGAGCACUAUUCUUCCACUGACACCAAAUGAUGGGGCACUAUUCCUCCAACUACACCAAUGAUGC